UUUCUGUGACUCAGUUUUAAUCACACCUUGUAAAGCCUUUCUCACUCUACACUCAUGUUGUCUUACAAGCUUGAAGGAAGCAGAUCAAGGCCGAAACCCCUUGCCCACCAUCCAAAAAAAGUGAAUUCUUUUUUAGGACAUAAGGAUCCUUGGAUAAAAGAGAAAACAAAUCCAGCAAUGCAAUUUUCAUGUUAUCAGUAAAGUGUUACCUGAACUUUUUGCAGGGUACUAUUUGAACUACUAUCUGUACAAUUUAAAAUUUAACUACAAAGCCUGAAAAAAUGAAGCCUAAAAUGAAGUAUUCAACCACCAAAAUUUCUCCAGCAAAGAUGAACAACUCAGCAGGCAGUAAAGUUGUGGUAAAAUCUCCCAAGUUGAGAAAAUCCCCAAAAAAAGCUAAAGAAGUUUGCCAGAUGUACUUCAUGCAGCUACGCUCUGGCCUUAUCAUAGAAAAGACGACAGCCUGUUACCUUAGGAAAGAAAACACCAAAAGGCAUUCACCAAAAACAGCUGGAAAAUACAAAGAGCAACAUCUGGUAUUCGCUGCCUAUCAUCAACAGCUGGAACACCUUGAAAAGUCUGCAGAGGGCUUUGCCUUUGAUAUACCUAUGGUCCAGAAAUGUCCUAUAGCAACUGAUGUUCCAAGUAUCCAAGAAUAUUCUGCUUCCUUGAGCACAUACAACGAUCAGUUCAUUACCUUUGUUUUUGAGGAUGGAAGUUAUGAGAUCUAUGUUGAAGAUUUGCAAAAAGACCAAAAGAAAGACAAGGUGUUAUUCCGUUACUAUGAUUCCCAAUACCCCUCAAGUAAAACAGAUGAUGGUGUUGAUGGUCACACAUUAAUGGUGAACCUGAGUCCUACAAAAGACAAAGACUUCUUGCUGCAUGCCAACAACAAGGAAUGCUCUGUGGAGCUACAAAAAUGUGAAAACCCAUGGCCAGAGCAGGCCUUUUUUCUCCUUCAUAAGAAGUCCUCCAAACGUGUUUCAUUUGAAUGUAAGAGCAACCCUGGAAUGUUUCUUGGAGUAAAAGAUAACCACCUUGCUCUAAUUAAAGUAGGGGACCAAACUGAGGAAUCAGGUACAGAGAAUAUCAUAUUUAAGCUCUCUUAAACUUAAUGUGAUAGAAAGCUAUGGAUCUGGGGUUGGGUAGUCCAAAUAGCUACCAUUGGAGAAGGGAUGAAAGAUAAGAGACAAAAACAUUUAAAGGAAAUGGAGAUGCUUAGUAUGCUGUGGAAUGUUUUCCUUAUUAUGUGUAAUUAUUUUUUUUGUAAUCCUUAAGUCAUUUUUUGCUUUUCCUCUAUAUCACUACAUAGGCAAUAUAAGUAUUGGAAAUUAAAUAGGGUAUUGGUAAAGAGACCUGCUAACAUUCUGAAAAGAUACAGCCUGACCUUUACUUUUUUUCUUUCAGUCCAGAAAAAACUUCAUAUUUAGAGCUGAGACCUCUGGGGAAGAAACAAGGGCCUUAGCCUAAGUCUCACUUUAGACAGAGAUUCAUUUUAGAGAGCUACAUAAAGCAUAACUUUUCUAGAUUCCAAACAAUAAUUUCAAAAACUAGCAUUGCUAGUAAAACGUUAGUAAGAUACUACACAGUUUGACUAUUUCAUAAGUGGAAUAGACCCCAAGUCUAUUUGCAGAUGCCCAAAAGUUCAGAUGCCUAUGUGGCUUGGCAGGUAAUAAAAACAUGUGAAAAGGCAAUGAUAAUAAAAAAGUUAAGAAAGAUAAAUCCAAUGUUUGUAAAUUGAAUACUUUUACCUCUAAUUAUUUCAUUUUUGUAGACUGAGUUAACUUUAAGCAAGGCAUUCUUAUAUUAGGAAGAAAAGUUAAUUUUUGUUCAGACAUAAUUGAAAUCAUUAGGAAAAUCUAAUAAACUAAAACAUAUUUUUAAAAAGCAUUGAUCCACAACAUAUGUUAGGGCAUCCCAGUACUAUUGGAUUCAAGUACCAUGGUGGGGCCAGAAGUCCUCUGACCUACUAAAACUUAAAUGGGACAUAGGAUUGAUUAACAUCAUACUUUCAGUAACUGACUAUCCCUCAAAUUUGCAGCAUACCAUGUCCUUCUGACCCUGGCUUCCAAAGAUCUAUGACCUUUAUUCUGCUUCACCAACCUUAUGUUAAAUAACUUUACAAAAAAUUAUUAAUAGAAAUAUUUUUUAUUAACUAUCUUUGCAUUUUACUGUUAACUAAGACAAUAAAAUUUAUACUAAACUAAAUAAUAACAUUUUUUGAAAACUAAAGGAAAAGUUUUUGCUUUUUUUAAAGCCUUGGCAAUUUUUACUACAAUUUUUCAUAGGCUUAAUAUUGACAAUAAACAAUAAACAUAGUAACAGGAUUCUUAUGAAAUAUGACUUUUUUCUGAAAGUAUACGUUUUUCAAUUUCUAAUUUGUUAAGAUCUGUUGUGUAUGAUUUGCUGGUGGAACACAAAAUAAAAGAGGCUGAGAAUUACUGUACAAAGGCAAACAACUGUAGAACAAUGUAUCUUUGUUUUAUUAUUUUGUUAAUAAUUUUAUAUAGAGGCAUAAAAAUAAUAACAGCAGAAUCUAUAUCAUCCCCUCAGAAAAACACUUAAAUGUUGACCAUGUGUGUCUGUAUAAUAUGUUUAAAAUGAUUAUUAUUAAGUAACCAAAUAAAUCUAUUACAUUUUUAAUAUCCUUGAAUAAACUAUAUUUUUCAAAAGGA